GUGCGGGGCGGGCCUGGCGGCGGCGGGCAACGGGAAGGGAGAAGCCGAGCGUGAGCGGCGGCGGGAGCGGGGUGUCGGCAGCCCGGCCGGCCAUGGUGGGCCUCAAGGACGAGCUGCUGAAGGCCAUCUGGCACGCCUUCACCGCGCUCGACCUCGACCGCAGCGGGAAGGUCUCCAAGUCGCAGCUCAAGGUCCUUUCUCACAACCUGUGCACAGUGUUAAAUGUUCCCCAUGACCCGGUGGCCUUGGAAGAACACUUUAGGGAUGAUGAUGAAGGACCAGUUUCCAAUCAGGGUUACAUGCCUUAUUUAAACAAAUUCAUCUUGGAAAAGGUUCAAGGGAACUUUGAUAAAGUUGAAUUCAACAGAAUGUGUUGGACUCUGUGUGCUAAAAAGAACCUCUCGAAAAGUCCUUUGCUGAUCAGUGAUGAAGAUGCAUUUAAAGUGUGGGUUAUUUUUAACUUCUUAUCAGAGGACAAGUACCCUUUAAUCAUUGUACCCGAGGAGAUUGAAUACUUGCUUAAAAAACUGACGGAAGCGAUGGGAGCGGGUUGGCAGCAAGAGCAGUUUGACCUCUACAAGAUUGCCCUCAACACCAGCAGGGAGGGUCUGUCUGCGUGGGAGCUGAUCGAUCUCAUCGGGAGCGGGCAGUUCAGUAAGGGCAUGGACCGACAGACCGUGUCCAUGGCAGUUAAUGAAGUCUUUAACGAGCUCAUAUUAGAUGUACUCAAACAGGGUUAUAUGCUGAAAAAAGGUCACAAAAGGAAAAACUGGACAGAACGAUGGUUUGUACUAAAACCCAAUAUUAUUUCCUACUAUGUAAGUGAAGACCUAAAGGACAAGAAGGGAGACAUCAUACUGGACGGCAACUGUUGUGUAGAGGCCUUGCCUGACAAAGAUGGAAAGAAAUGCCUUUUUCUCAUAAAAUGCCUUGAUAAAAGCUUUGAGAUCAGUGCUUCUGAUAAAAAGAAGAAACAAGAGUGGAUUCAAGCCAUACAGACCACUGUGAGCCUGCUGCGAGCAGGGAGCCCUCCGCCCCACAAAGAAGCACGCCAGAAACGGAAAGAACUGCGCCAGAAGCUCUUGGCUGAGCAGGAGGAAUUGGAGCGGCAGAUGAAGGAACUGCAGGCGGCCAACGAGAACAAGCAGAAGGAGCUGGAAACUGUGAGAAAGCAACUGGAAGCAGCAGCUGCCCGUGCUGCUGAGGAGGAGAAGAGGAGGCUUCAGACCCAAGUUGAGUUACAGGAUCGCUUCAGUCUGGAGCUGGAGAGAGAGAAAAUGGUGAGACAAAAAAUGGAAGAGCAAGUCGCUCAGAAAUCGUCUGAACUGGAACAGUAUUUACAGAGAGUACGUGAACUGGAAGAGAUGUAUAAGCAACUUCAGGAAGCUUUGGAGGUUGAGAAACAGGCACGUCAGGAUGAAGAGACUGUAAGGAAACUUCAGGCCAGAUUACUGGAAGAGGAGUCAGCAAAGAGAGCUGAACUGGAAAAAUGGCACUUGGAGCAGCAACAGACCAUUCAGAUGACAGAAGCAGAGAAGCAGGAGCUAGAAAACCAGAGAAUGAUAAAGGAACAGGCUCUUCAGGUUGCUAUGCAGCAACUGGAACUGCUUGAACUGGAAAGGAAAGAGGCCCUUGAGCAAUAUGAGGAGGUUAAAAAGAAGUUGGAAACGGCAGCUAAUAACACCAGGAGCUGGAAAGACAAAGUAGCUCAUCAUGAGGGAUUAAUUCGGCUAAUAGAGCCAGGCUCCAAGAAUCCACAUCUCAUCACAAAUUGGGGCCCGGCAGCCUUCACUGAAGCUGAACUGGAGCAAAGAGAAAAAAGCUGGAAAGGGAAAAAAGCCUCAUCUGAGUAAUGACGAUAGCUGACAUACUGCUUGUGAACAGAAGUCCACCUUUGUUCACUCUGCUUUGCAAGAACAGCUUAUUGCUCUUUUGAAGAUGCUAGUUUACUCAGCAGGAGGGCCUUUCUAUAAAGGAAAUACUGUUUACCAUGCAGAAGUGUCUACUAAGAGCUCAGUAACUACACCACUAUGUGCUGUCUGGCAGUACUUGCUGUCUUCCUUCACCUUAACAGAUAUUCUGUUCCUUUAUGCAAGAUUUUUCUACUGAAGAUUUUUUAUUUAAGCGUAGGCUGUGUCACGGUGGUUUCUGUAUUAGCCUGUAACAAACAGGCAGCAUCUAACUCAUCAGGCACCAUCACUCAUUUCAAACAGCAAGGGAAGCAAUUGCUAUACUGGUUCAGUUAGUAUAACAUAAACAUGGGAUAAGUCAAUUCUGUGGACUCUGUCCAGAGCAUUACCUUUCCUUCCUUUUAGUCUCUUUUUGCUUUUUCCUCUGUCUGCCUGUUGCUCUUCAUGUGGCUGGCUUCAUCCCUGGCUGCCCGUUUUCUCUGGUUCCUGGCUCCUCUGGUCUGUGUGUCCUCUGCAGGAAUGCACAUAAAAGCAUUGGAAACAGGCAUGUACAAAAUGCUGCUGUAGAACAUUUAGGAAAAGCAGUCAUGCAAGAUUGAUUUUUGUCACUGCCGUAUAUCUGAGACUGGGUUAGAAAAGAAUUUAAGAACUUGGAAAACCGUAAUGCACUCUGUUCAUGGUUUAAAAGAUGCUCACUUCUGGCUUACAGAUUUUUCUGGAACGCACAAAUGGAACAUGAUGACACAUGGAGAUGAAAUAUCUGCAUCAAACUUGUGUUUAUAUGCAAAACACUUGUUGAUGCAAUGACCAGUCCUAUAGUUGUAGCACUCCUUUUUGUCCUAUUCUCAAUUAGAGGCCAGAUUAGAAAAAUGGAAGAUGAAAACUAAAUUUGACAUUUUUAUUUGAUAUAAAAAUGAUGAGUCAGUAGCAGUACUGCUACAGAAAAAAAUAAUUCCUGCCAAUCAUUUCAGCAGUACUGGUAAUAAAGAUUUUCCAUUGAGUCUUGAACUUCCCUGCAGAGAACAAGAGAGGGAUUUCUGUUUCUGCAGGGAAGGAACAAGUGUGUGAUGUUGCCCAGUAGAUCACCCACAUGAGACUGAGAUCUAACUGAAGUCACAGUUCUUGCUAAGUUCUACAGGCAUUCUGAGAAGUCAGUCCUGCCUUGUAAAGAGCAGGUGCCCACUGGUGUGGUUUGUUAAUCAGCUUUGCCUUUUGCACAUACACCAAACACAGCGGUUUUUCAUUCAGCUCAAUGUUAAAUUACCUUUAGUAAAUAAGAUGUGAACGUUUCAGAUGGAUAACCAGUGCCUUUGGAAGCAGCACUGUGCUGUUCAGCUCUCAGAAGAGCAGAAGCUGUACAGACAGAUCUUCAGAUUCAGAACUCGGUAGCAUUUUCAUUGCCUGUUAACUAGGACUCACUCAAAUACUGAAAUCAUUUACUCUUUGAUUAUAUUUUUGUACUAAUUGAAAUCUUUUUAAUGUUUUGGUAAAUGGAAUGCUGAUGAAAAUGGAAAGAAAAUCCAGGAUUGUCCUACUUGUAUUUACUGUACAGAAAAGCAAUAGUUUCUUAAGCUUGCUAACAAGGCAGUUUUAUAUUGAUCUUGUUUACAGAAAAAAUGUGAAAAAAAAAACUGUAAUGGAAAUACUAAUGUAUACAUUGUUAAACUUUGCUAGAUGAAAAGGAACAGUAUUUAUAACUGCCCAGUGCUUCUCAUGGGGAGCAGAAGGUCUACAUACGCCUUCUGGGGCCAAACUUGUUAAUUUUUCUAACAGUCUUUAUUUUGAACAAAUGUUGUGUUGGUUUUUUUUUUUU